UCAUUUAAAUCAGUGAGAGGAGGCUAAAUAACAGAUAGACCUCUAAAAGGGACUAAAACAUUUCACGUGGAGUUGGCUCUUCAACGUUGUAUGCGUGGCUGACACAGGUCGCCAGAUGGCGAGCCAUGCCCGUGGAAUCUGUACCUACAAGGAUUGGUUUGAUGAGAAGAUGGAUUCAAUGCAGGGAUAUGUAAGAGUCAUUUGCUGUGAAGUCUAAUCUGAGGCUCUCCCAUCAGUGCUGUCCUACUGCAGCACUGCAUCUUUGUUGCACUUCCCCCCUCUGUGACAUCACUUCUGACGUUUCAUCCAGGGGGCGUGUCUAUCAGAAAUCCCCAGCCAGGCACAGAUGUAGCUGCAGCUCUGAGGGAGAGGCAGGGAGGCAGGAAGAGUUUGAACACACUGCAGAGGGAGUGCAGCUAUGGGGAACACGCAGGAGAAACCCUCGGGCAGCGGAGGAGGGGCAGCUAGAUUAGAUCAGGCCACAGCAGGGAGCGGGACGAGAAGCCGGGGUGGAGGCAGCGUGAAAAAGCCCCACGCUCAGGGAGCUCCAGAGAAGGGGGUGGCCAAUGGCACACAGAGGGAAAGCAGCCCUGCAGGUGGACAACAGGAGCAGGACAGCCAUGCAGUGGACACAAGUUACCUGGACGCCCCUGCUGGGGCCCUUCCUCCUCACCUGGCUCGGCUCAAGAAUGAGGGAAACCAUCUCUUCAAACAUGGCCAGUUUGGAGAUGCCUUGGAGAAGUAUACCCAGGCCAUUGAUGGAUGUGCUGAAGCAGGCAUUGACAGUCCAGAAGACCUGUGUAUUCUCUACUCCAACAGAGCUGCCUGUUACCUGAAGGAUGGAAACAGCACAGACUGCAUACAGGACUGCACCAAGGCUUUGGAGCUGCAGCCCUACUCCUUGAAGCCCCUGUUGCGCAGAGCUAUGGCCUAUGAGUCACUGGAGCGCUACAGAAUGGCCUACGUGGAUUAUAAGACUGUCCUGCAGAUUGACACCGGGGUGCAGGCGGCUCAUGACAGCGUCCACAGGAUCACCAAGAUGCUGAUCGAGCAGGACGGACCUGAGUGGAGGGAGAAACUUCCAGAGAUCCCGGUCGUCCCUCUGUCCGUCCAGGUGCAACACAGACAGAAACCGAUCAGCAUCGAGCAGGCCCAGGCCCGAGCCGCUAGAGCUGCACAGGAUGAAGUCAGAAGAAAAGAGGCCCAGUUUACUUUACUGAAACAGAAAGGCAAUGAUCUGGUCAAGAAGGGCCAGUUCCAGGAGGCUCUGGAGAAGUACAGUGAAUGUCUCACCAUAAAACCUGACGAAUGUGCUCUCUACACAAACAGAGCCAUUUGCUUCCUGAAGCUGAAUCACUUUAAAGAGGCCAAACAAGACUGUGACUCUGCUCUGCAGCUGGAGCCGGGAAACAAGAAAGCCUUCUACAGGCGAGCACUGGCUUAUAAAGGUUUACAGGACUAUCUGUCAGCCAGCAGUGACCUCCAGGAAGUCCUCCAGCUGGACCCAAACAUUCGGGAAGCUGAGCAGGAACUUGAGGUGGUGACAAGCUUGCUGAGACAGAGCCUGAUGGACAACACUGCACACACACCAAGGGUUUGAUGGCUCCUCGUGGAUCCAUAUAGAGGCAGAGGAAUGAAACAGGUGUGGACUCUUAUUGUACUGCAGCAAUUCUGGAGGAGAAAGACUUCUAAAGCCAUCAACUUGAGUAAGUAAGACUGGCGUUAACUCCGAGGACGGGCUCCUUGGACGACCAGCUUUUGAGCUCUGCACCAUCUGCAACGUGUGCAAACCACACCAUAACUCCUGAGUGCACAACCUUACAUAACGGGCAGCUUUGUUUAAAAAGGCUAAUGUAAAGGUACUUGACCUGCUUGCACUAUAAGUCAUUCACAUUAUGAUGUAAUAUACUGUACAUACAGAUUCAUGUACUAGGCUGCCGAGCACUGUUAUUUGUUGAAGUAAAAUGGGGAAAGAAAGAGCGUGUAAUGUGUGCCUUAUUGAGAUUUCUACCAGUUAGGAUGAAAUACGCCAAGAUUAAAAGUUUUAUUUUAAUUUCUUUUUAAUAUGUUGUGUUUGGUUUCAAACUGACUGACAGAAAUUUAUUCAACUCUCAACUUAUUGUAUGUAGAGAUAAGGAAGGCCCAGAAAGAUCAAUCAAGUCAAUAGGUCAUUAUCUGGUACAUUCCCAAUGUAUCCAGGGUUCCACCUAUUGCAGCUAAUGUACAAGACAUAUGUCACUGUUUACAUUCGUAUUAUUACAGCUGCUGCCAACAACUGACUAUAAACCAUCAUCAUCAUCAUUAUAUAGUGUUGGUUAUUGCUGCAUAUUUCCACAGCUAAACCAUGACAAUGCUGCUGUUUCAAUAAGCUCUUUUAGUUCGAUGAUCUCCACCAAAUCAAUCCUGUAGACCUCCAGAAUGAAGUGAGAGGCCGUAACCUAACUGGGAUUUAAAAAUGGUAAAAUAAUGAUUUGCCAUAGUUAAAAUCCAACAAAUUAUGAGCUCAGUGCUGAAGUCAUUGUUAACCAUAAGCUUGUCACUUUACUGGCUUUAAAUGAAUAUCCAGCUACUGAAUUUAGGGUUACAGGUCACUUACUGUUGUACUGUAAGACGUACUGUAGGUCUCAGGUUCAGUCUUGAAUGUAACCAGGAGGACUGUGUGUCUUUGUGUAGGUGUGCAGAAAGUCUCCUGCUGCAUCUGUUUUAACUUAUGUCCAUAUCUCCACGCCCUCGCAGCUGCAACAAGGAACAAGGCAAGGCAAAAAGGCAAAAUCCAAAGGUGAUGACAUACUUCUUUUUUUUAACAAGUAAAACAAUAAUAAACUCACAAAGCUUGGUGUCUGUGUGCUCUGUCAAGUGGCUGAAGUCACAGAUUCUGCCUUAACAAAAAUGAUUUGGGAUGCCGGAGUUGGGCACCUACCCCUUAAGAGAGUGACUAUUAACAAACGUUUAGUACCUACAUUUCUCAGCUAGUCUGAAUAAAGUUAACUUCAUCCCAUUUCUUCUUCAACUGCCUGAAUAUCAGUUGAGAUGAAUAUGGUCCUGAAGGUCAAGUAGCUUUUUUUCCUCCACCCACCCUCAACCUGGUUUUCAGUUUAGCAGUCUGUGCAAAAAAACCCACAAAAUAGGACAGACAGGUCAAAAUGAUCAAUAAUCAAAUGGCUGAACAUACAACCAGAACAUCAUGAUUUUAAUAAAAUUAACAGGAACUCCAGUUAAACUUAAAAUAUAUCUUGACUGCAUUUUUAAAGUUCAGUCAAGUUUCACUUACACAGAUGUUUUCACUUAUUUGACCUUUUAGUAGAUUAGAGCUCGUUAGCAUUGCACCUCCCAGGUUCAACCUGAGCAGAGGGCUAAUUAACUAGAAUUAAAAACACCUGUGUGGGUGAGCACUCAAAUAUCUUUAGAUCUGAUUUGUUUCUCACACCUUACACUUUUUAAAUAAAUCCUGUCAGCUCUACAAGACACAAAAAAAAAUGUAAAUCUUUGUAUAGCACAAUGUGCCACAGCCUUUAUUUCACUUGUACUUUGUAGUAUUAAUGUGCUCAUUGUCCAGCCUAUACCCUUGGUUUAUCUCCUUUUCUUGUUUUUGUUUUUCUUGUGUUGUCAAAAUAAAAGCAUAUAAAUCCCAUUUAAAUGAAAACAGUUGAUAUGAGGCUUAGUUGUUCCAGACAAUGUUUGUUGUGCUUCUUGGAAUGUAAAAGCAUGUACUGUAUGUAAAUAGGUUAAAUGCAAAUGUAAAUAAUAAACUGCAAUGUGAAUGCUUCAA